GGGGUCGCCGCUCCCCCUUUGUUGGUGGCGGCGGGGCCGAGCGGCGGCGGCGCCGGCCCGGUAUGGGCGACCAGGAGGCUCUGCGGAAGAUCAUCACCACCCUGGCCGUGAAGAAUGAGGAGAUCCAGAACUUCAUCUACUCCCUCAAGCAGAUGAUGCAGAAUGUGGAGGCCAACUCAUCGCGGGCGCAGGAGGACCUGGAGGGCGAGUUCCAGUCGCUGUACGCGCUGCUGGACGAGCUGAAGGACGAGAUGCUGAUGAAGAUCAAGCAGGACCGCGCCAGCCGUACCUAUGAGCUGCAGGCCCAGCUGGCUGCCUGCGCCAAGGCCCUGGAGAGCUCAGAGGAGCUGCUGGAAGCGGCCAACCAGGCCCUGGAGACGGCCAACCACCAUGACUUCCCCCAGGCUGCCAAACAGAUCAAGGAUAGUGUGACGAUGGCACCCGCCUUCCGCCUCUCGCUCAAGGCCAAGGUGAGCGACAACAUGAGCCACUUGAUGGUGGAUUUUGCCCAGGAACGCCGCCUGCUCCAGGCCCUCGCCUUCCUGCCAGUGCCCAGCACCCCUGAGAUCGACCUGACGGAGUCGCUGGUGGCCGAUAACUGUGUGACGCUGGCCUGGAGGAUGCCUGACGAGGACAGCAAGAUUGACCACUACGUGCUGGAGUACCGCAAGACCAACUUCGAGGGGCCACCCCGUGCCAAGGAGGACCAGCCCUGGAUGGUGGUCGAGGGCAUCAAGGGCACCGAGUACACCCUCUCUGGGCUGAAGUUUGACAUGAAGUACAUGAAUUUUCGGGUACGGGCAUGUAACAAGGCUGUAGCGGGCGAGUUCUCCGAGCCGGUCACUUUGGAAACGAGAGCGUUCAUAUUUCGGCUGGACGCCAGCACGUGCCACCAGAACCUGCGGGUGGAGGAGCUCAGCGUGGAGUGGGACGCCACAGGUGGCAAGGUGCAGGACGUCAAGGCACGCGAGAAGGAUGGCAAGGGCAGGACGGCCUCACCCGCCAACUCGCCUGCCAGGGUGGUGCAGUCACCCAAGAGGAUGCCCUCGGGGCGCGGGGGCAGAGAUCGCUUCACCGCCGAGUCCUACACGGUUCUGGGUGACACACUGAUCGAUGGCGAUGACCAUUACUGGGAGGUGCGGUAUGACCGGGACAGCAAAGCUUUCGGUGUGGGGGUGGCAUAUCGCAGCCUGGGCAAAUUCGAUCAGCUGGGCAAAACCUCGGCCUCCUGGUGCCUCCACCUCAACAACUGGCUGCAGGUCAGCUUCAGCGCCAAGCACGCCAACAAGGCCAAGGUGCUGGACGUGCCCGUGCCUGACUGCAUCGGCAUCUACUGCAACUUCCAUGAAGGGUUCCUGUCCUUCUACAACGCCAGGACCAAGCAGCUGCUCCACACCUUCAAGGCCAAGUUCACACAACCGGUGCUGCCAGCCUUCACGGUCUGGUGCGGCAGCUUCCACGUCUCCUCAGGCUUGCAGGUGCCCAGUGCGGUGAAAUGCCUCCAGAAACGUAACAGCACGGCCAGCAGCUCCAACACCAGCCUGCCCUAGAGCCGUGCCCCCCACCGUGGGCACCCCCCAGGCAAGAGCACUGAAUGUACCCCUACCACCUCCCCAGACCCCCCCCAUACACUGCACUGGCAGGGCUGUGCCAGCCCACAGAGCUGGGGUGCACCAGCACCCACAGCCCCGCCAGCUGACCCCACUCUGACUCUGUGCCACCCCUCCAUCGCUGGCACCGGGCUGGGCACGUCACCCCUCGCCAUUGAGAGCUGCUUCUGGCCUGAAGAAUAAAUUGGGAUGUAGGUGUGAUGC